AUGUUGUGGGUUUGCAUGUUGGGAGUUUGGGUUGUGAUCUCACAUGUUCCACAGGUGCAUAGAGCUUGUGCAGAGGGACAAAUCCUUGACAUGUUAGAUCAUCCUUUUCUUCCCACACUGUAUGAAUCAUUUCAGAAUAUUAGGGAUGUUCAUGGUGAUGCCAUUAAUGCCUUGGCAAAGCAUUGUCACAAUUUGACUGAUGUUGGGUUCAUUGACUGUCUCAAUGUAGAUGAGAUGGCUUUGGGAAAUGUAGAGUCAGUUCGUUUCCUGUCAGUUUCUGGGACCUCAAAUAUGAAGUGGGGUAUGGUUUCUGAUCUCUGGCAUGAGUUGCCUAACUUGGCUGGGUUAGAUGUUUCAAGAACUAACAUUGGUCCAAAUGCUGUUUCAAGAUUGUUAUCCUCAUCGGGGAGCUUGAGGGUUUUGUGUGCCUUGAAUUGUCCUGUUCUCGAAGAAUCUGCUAGUUUUCCUAUUAAUAAAAAUAAAGGUAAGUUGAUACUUGCCCUUUUUACUGAUAUUUUCAAAGGAAUAGAUUUGUUAUUUCUCGAUGCUACAAACAAAGGGAAAAUUGUGUUUUUGGAUUGGAGGAAUUUAAAGAAUAAGGACAAAAACUUGGAUGAAAUCAUGAUUUGGGUUGAGUGGAUCCUUUCCCAUACACUUUUGUGCAUUGCCGAGAGCAAUCAACAGGGUUUGGAUAAUUUCUGGCUCAAGCAGGGUGCAGCACUGCUUCUCAGUUUAAUGCAGAGCUCACAAGAGGAUGUUCAAGAAAGGGCAGCUACAGGACUUGCAACGUUUGUUGUCAUUGACGAUGAAAGUGCCAAUGUAGAUCGUGGACGGGCUGAAGCAGUUAUGCGAGAUGGAGGCAUACGCCUCCUUUUAGACCUAGCAAAAUCAUGGCGGGAAGGUAUUCAAUCAGAGGCUGCAAAGGCUAUAGCAAACUUGUCUGUGAAUACCAAUGUUGCAAAAGCUGUUGCUGAAAAAGGAGGAAUCAAUAUUCUUGCUGGUUUGGCAAGAUCUAUGAAUAGGCUGGUUGCUGAAGAAGCUGCUGGAGGAUUGUGGAAUCUUUCUGUCGAAGAAGAGCACAAGGGUGCCAUCGCUGAAGCUGGAGGAGUAAAGGCCUUAGUUGAUCUUAUAUUCAAAUGGUCCACUGGUGGAGACGGAGUCCUGGAACGAGCAGCUGGUGCAUUAGCAAAUUUGGCAGCCGAUGACAAGUGUAGCAUGGAGGUUGCAGUGGCAGGCGGUGUACAUGCUUUGGUCAUGCUUGCUCGUAAUUGUAAAUUUGAGGGAGUGCAAGAGCAGGCCUUGCAUCACCCCUUCACUGCUCCCAAUCCUGAAGACAUGAAUGAUCUUGUCUUCAUUGACCACACUUUUUGGCAUUAA